UUAAACAGUUGACUAUGAGCACUCAGCCCUCAUUUUUGAGUUGGAUGGAGUCACAUCACGCUGACAAUGGCUUCUGUUCAGGUCCUCAUAUGUCUGCUUGGACUGGUUGUCAUGUGUCACUCCACCUGCUUACUCCAUAAAUUAGAAAUUACAGAUCUGCACAACCCCCCAAACGGCUGUGUGGAUAAGGAGGGAACCCGACGGGCCUUUGGUGACAAGUGGGUGACAGACUGCAUGGAGUGCUCCUGCACACAACAAGGCAUAUCCUGCUGCAACAAGAUGCUGGAACCAGGGAGUAUAGAUAUCCCUGAGGAGUGUGAGCUGGUUGUGAAUAAGGAGGCCUGCUAUGCCAAAGUGGUGCUGAAGUCAGACAAGACAAAGGAGUGUAACCCUGUCUGAGCACAGUGUACCCUACAUGUGCGCAAAACAGCCUCCUCGGUCUAUGGUGCUGACAUGCAAACCAGUGAUUAA